GGACCGUCCCUCAUCCACAAGGAAAAGGAGGGGAGUCGGGAUGUGCUGUCAUGUUCCUGAAAUAACCGAUCGACAAAACUUAGUCUACGGAGUUUUGAGUUAAGGUUUUCCUGUGUGUGGCUGAGCUGUGUUAUAGACUAACUGAUAGAAAUCUGCCAUUUUCUGAAAGGACACUUGGUUUAAAAAUCCUCGCCUCAGAUGAAAUAGAAACGUUCUUCAAUCAAUUCUGCCUGAGAUGGGAACCCAUGCCCGGCCUUGAGGCUGGUGCCGAGGAGUGCGUGCCUGGCAUUGAGACGGGAGCCGAACUGGGCGCCAUGAACCCUGGCGUGGAGGAGCCACACGUCUCUCUCGUCUCCAUGGCGAUCAUGGGCACGGUGAUGCUCCUCUUCCUCCUCAGCGUGACCUGCUGCUGUUUCUACAUGAGCAAACUGAGACAUCGUGCCCAAGCUCAAAGUAUUGGAUACAAGGUUGUGUUUGAAGAUGAGUCAGCUGAAUUAAAUGUGCAAGAGAAGGAAAUGUGUGUGGUGUGUUUGGAAGAUUUCAAGAUAAAAGACGAGCUCGGCGUGUUGCCAUGUCAACACACAUUUCACAAAAGGUGUCUGGGUAAAUGGCUCCAGGUCAGGGGUGUGUGUCCUAUGUGUAAUUACCUCAUCAACGGCCCCUCAGAGCAACGGCACAGCCUGACAACUCUGCUGGAUGAAAUGGUAUAGCAGCCAGACGGCUCCAUCUCAUAUGAAACGACAGAGGAUGGAAGUCCGUAACUUAGAUGGUAAAUGGAAGUGCAGAACUUAAAUGGCAUAUGGACAUCACUAUAUGUCAGUCACCUAUGGACUACAGUAAUCCAUGGUAUGCUUCAGGAUCUACUGUUUGAAGUGUGUGACUCAAACAGCCAACCAACAUACUCUCCAGGGACAUCAGCCAGCUGGUAUUAGGCUAGCAUACCUGUCAGUUAUACUUCGCUCUAUCACAUUUAGUGGUAUAGCAGGCAUACGCUAGUAACAGUGAACAUCCACUGCUCAAUGAACUGUUAUAGCGGCUAACCAACAGCCGCUUUCCUCAGGAUCUACGGCUAUACGUAAAGCAGACAGCUGUAUCUAUAAGUAGCUCUUCAAUAUCCACAGCUGGACGGGAUAGCAGACAGCUACCAUCGUCAACCAUGCUUCUUACUCAAGCUGUCAGCUACACUCCUCUGGAAUCCAGCAGAACCAAUGGACUAAUAUCAGUGACAUUCCAAAGGAUUCAACAUUGUGGAAAAAUGUAAAUAGUUGCAAUGCUGUGUAGGAGAGUUCAGACUAAAAGACUGUUGCUACUUUUUUUAACACUCUCCACAAGUUUUAGGCUUUGGCUAGCCUUUUAAGCAUUUCAACUUGAAACUCAAAUACUCUGUAAAGUCAAAUGGUUGUUUGUAGACAUUAUUGACGACAACAUCUCAAGAUACUUCAGUCACUUAAAAGUCUCUAUUGGUCAAUUAGCAAUUGAAAAAGCAAAUGGCUUUUUCAAAUGAUAAACCAAUGCAAAAAAACAAACAUAUAAUCCUAAAGACCAUUAAGUGCUUAUAAGUACCACCGCCUCCAGCCCCAUCCGCAGAAACAGCUGUUGAAAAUGGAAGGGAGUGGAAGGACCUCUGGUGUUACAUUAACAACAUUAAACGGCAUCAUUAGAAAAUAACUGAGGUCCAGUUUCUUAACAUUAAGUAGACAUGCUGUCCCUCGGCUGGGUGAAAGUAGUUUUAAAUUCUUGCCCGGUACUACUACCACAACCCCCAUGGCUUCAUUUGAAAAGCUCUUUUCCUAAACACUAUAUCCUCAUUUUCAAGUGAUUUUCAUAAAUAGCUUUUUUGUUGUUGUUGUUUUCCAAGUAAUUUCAGUGGAACGGUUAUUGGGUUGUUGUUAUUUGAUCUUUACUCAAUCAAAACACACACAACUGCACUUUUACUUACAUUACCUGGAGUAUACAGUUAAAUAACAUGACUUAUUGAUGUUUUCAAAAAUGUAUUUAUAGCGUUUUGAAAAAGAGUUCAUCGUUUCUUAUUAUUUGCAGAGCAUUCAUCAGGACCUGUUAUCUGUCUCACUCUCUCUCUCAUUCCCUCCCUGCCCUCUAGCUCUCCCAACCUAACAUGAACUGUUCUCGUGUCUUUCUUGUUUAUCUGUUUGUCUCUUAAACUGUUCUCAUGUACUCCUUGUUUAUUUGAUUGUCUCUUAAACUGUUCUCAUGU